GUUCGGUAAGUUGAGGUAUAAUUUGUUUUGUAUAUUGUUGCGAAGAAACUGAGGCAGUCAUGUGCCGGGCAGCAAACAGGAAAUCAUGAUAUCUAUCGAUUUGAGAGCUCAUCGAUCUCCUAUUUUAAACAGCUCGAUCGAGAUCAAAGAGAGAGCUGAAAGAAAGAUAAAGAUCAGAUCGAGAAUUAAUCCAUGGUUUCUAGGGAGCACAAGCUGAGAGAAGCAAUGCAUGAGAAGCUGCAACUACUCCGUUCCAUUACUAACUCUCAUGCUCUUAACGAUUCCACAAUCGUUUUAGAUGCAUCAAAGUACAUUGAAGAGCUAAAACAGAAAGUGGAAAUACUGAAUCAAGAUUUAGAGGCUGCACAAGCCUCAAGUGAUCAAAACCCACUGCCUGUGGCUACGGUGGAAACCCUAGAGAAGGGCUUCCUAGUAAAUGUAUCAUCGGAUCAUAAACGUUGCCCAGGCCUGCUUGUCUCAAUAUUGGAAGCUUUUGAAGAACUGGGUCUUAAUGUUCAGCAAGCUAGGGUUUCUUGUGCAGAUAAUUUCCUGUUACAAGCAGUUGGAGAACAGUAAUUUACAAGGACGUGGACAUUUUUUUCAGAAUGAAGAACAAGCCGAAAGCAAUGAUGUUCAAGUGGUGAAAGAAGCAAUGGUGCAGGCUAUUAAGAACUGGAGUACUGGAAGUACUGAACUAGAAUAGCCCAAACAUCUAGUACUGCUGUUACAUAAAUAUAUUAUAUAUUCUAAUUUGCUUUUACUAAUUAUUUCUCCCGUUUGAAUUAUUUUCGUUGGUGGGCAGUGUUGUUAAUUAAUCAAGAACCAAGCUUGUAAAAUUGUAUUAGGAAUUGGUUGAAGUUUGAAGAUCAAGAACAAGCACCAAUUAAUUAGUAA